AUGUCAUUUUAUCCUAUUUUGGAUAACCAUAUUCGUUUUCUCUUUAAUCCAUUUCAUCUUAUAUAUUUCAUUCUUUCUUUCAUAUCGCUUUUACUUUAUUUAUUAUUUCAUUGUUCCUUUUUUUCAUUGUAUAUAGUUUCUUUCAUUCAUUUUUUCAUUUUUCUCUCUUCCUUUCAUAUCGCUUCUUUUUCAUUUCAUUCAUAUCAUUUUUCUUUCUUUCUAGAAUUUCAUUCUAGAAUUUUUCUUUCUUUCUUUCUCUAUUUAUUUAUUUAUCACACCAUUUAUUUAUUGAUUUUUCAUUUAUUUUUUCAUUCUUCCGUUAAUUUUUCUUUCUUUCUUUCUCUAUUUAUGUAUUUAUCACACCAUUUAUUUAUUGAUUUUUCAUUUUUUUUUUCAUUCUUCCGUUGUUCAUUACAUAUAGUUUCUUUCAUUCAUUUUUUCUUUUUUCUCUCUUCCUUUCAUAUCGCUUCUUUUUCAUUUCUUUCAUAUCGCUUCUUUCUUCUUUUUUUAUCACAUCUUCAUUUAUUUUUUUUUCCUGCAUUCUUUUUUCUUCAUUCAUUCAUUCAUUCAUUUAUUCAUUCAUUCAUUUAUUCAUUCUCUCUUCCUUUCAUACCGCUCCUUUAUUUACUUAAUUCAUUCUUUCACUUCUAUCCAUUUCAUUUUUAUUUAUAUUUGUUUUGUAUUUUCUUUAUUCACGUUUAUCUUUCAUUUCACAUUCUUUCUUUCUUUCUUUCUUUCUUUUUCUUUCUUUCUUUCUUUCUUUCUAUUAUCUCUUUCAAUGGGUGA